AGAACCGCCUACUUCUUCAAUGUCGAAAUCAAUCGAUAUAACAGUGGGACCGAAAUUUGCCUAAAUUUGGAUUCAAACGUUAUUUAUUAUUUUAAACAAGAAAAUUAUUAUUAAUAUUAAUAAAGUUUGAUAUAUAAAAAAGUACCGAAACUCUGGACACAUGUAUUAUUAAAUCGGCAAAUAUUACACAUAAUUGUUGUCUAAUUGUAUAUGAAUUGCAAAUAAUUAGCGAUUUGUCAGAUAAUUGUGUUUUUUUGUGGACAUAUUGUUGACCUAAAACAAUGGUAACACCGGUUCCCGAGUCUAUUGAUUUCGCUAAAGAAGAGGAGAAAGUAUUGUCGUUAUGGAAGAGUUUGAACGCAUUUGAGACAAGUCUAAAGCAGUCGUCAACGCGUCCAAGAUAUGUCUUUUUCGAUGGCCCGCCAUUUGCUACGGGACUGCCUCAUUAUGGCCAUAUACUUGCCGGUACUAUCAAGGAUAUAAUCCCCCGGUGGGCACAUAUGGAGGGACAUCACGUUGAGCGUAGGUUUGGUUGGGACACACAUGGAUUGCCCGUUGAAUACGAGAUCGACAAGAAGUUAAACAUUAAGAGUCCCGACGAUGUCUACAAAAUGGGAAUCAAAGCAUAUAAUGAUGAAUGUCGUAAAAUUGUUAUGAGAUAUGCAUCGGAUUGGGAACAGAUAGUGACCCGAUUGGGCCGUUGGAUUGAUUUUAAAAAUGAUUACAAGACAUUAUAUCCGUCAUAUAUGGAGAGUGUUUGGUGGGUCUUCAAACAGAUCUUUAAUAAAGGUCUUGUCUAUCGGGGCGUCAAAGUGAUGCCGUACUCGAGUGCUUGCAAUACCCCGUUAUCUAAUUUUGAAAGCGGACUCAACUAUAAGGAAGUGGUGGAUCCGGCAAUCAUAGUUAGCUUUCCUUUAGAUGAAUCACCGGAUGUGUCACUAAUUGCUUGGACAACAACUCCGUGGACUUUGCCAUCAAAUCUUUUGCUUUGUGUUCACCCAGAGUUGGAUUACGUAAAAGUAAAAGAGACAAAAACUGGCGCUCAAUACAUAUUAAUGGAGGCCCGACUCGAGGCUCUCUACAAGAAACCACAAGAAUACACAGUCUUAGAGAAAUUUAAAGGCAAGACUUUAGAGCACAAGUCGUAUAAACCAUUGUUUCCAUACUUUGAACACUUGAAAGAAAAUCACGCUUUCAUUGUUGCCUGUGAUACGUAUGUGACGGCCGAAAGCGGUACGGGUGUUGUCCAAUGCGCACCAUAUUUUGGUGAAGACGACUAUCGGGUAGCACUCAAUAAUGGUGUCAUUAAAAAGGAUGGGGAUGUUGUUUGUCCAUUAGAUGCCAGUUGUAAGUUUGUUGAACCAGUUGUUGAUUAUCUGGGAGUGUAUGUCAAAGAUGCCGAUAAAGACAUUAUUAAACAUUUGAAAUCAAUUGGAAGAUUAGUGAAUAACAGUACAGUUAAGCACAGUUAUCCGUUUUGUUGGCGCUCAGAGACGCCACUUAUUUAUCGGGCUAUUUCCUCGUGGUUUAUCCGCGUUGAACAUAUGAAUAAUGCUCUCUUGGAGUCUAAUGCCAGCACCUAUUGGGUACCAGACUUUGUGAAAGAAAAACGGUUUGGCAAUUGGCUUCGGGAAGCAAGAGAUUGGUCCGUUUCUAGGAAUAGGUAUUGGGGAACACCUAUACCUUUAUGGAUGAGUGAUGAUGGAGAGGAAGUUGUGUGCAUUGGUUCUAUUGAAGAGUUGGAACAAUUGAGUGGACAAAAGAUUACAGAUUUGCAUCGAGAAAACGUCGAUCCAAUUACAAUCCCUUCACAAUUAGGUAAAGGAAAUUUGACUCGAGUUACUGAAGUAUUUGAUUGUUGGUUUGAAUCGGGAAGUAUGCCAUAUGCUCAGUCACAUUACCCGUUUGAAAAUCGAAAGAUAUUUGAAGACAACUUUCCGGCCGAUUUUGUAGCUGAAGGGGUGGAUCAAACUCGUGGCUGGUUUUAUACUCUUGUAGUUUUGGGAACUAUAUUAUUUGGCAAACCUCCUUUUAAGAAUCUAAUCUGUAACGGAUUAGUGUUGGCAGCCGAUGGCCAGAAAAUGAGUAAAAGCAAAAAGAAUUAUCCCGACCCCAUGGAUGUGGUAAACAAGUAUGGCGCCGAUGCUUUGAGACUAUAUUUGAUUAACUCGCCGAUAGUAAGAGCAGAGAACUUGCGUUUCAGAGAGGAGGGCGUCCGCGACAUAUUGAAGGAUGUGUUCCUUCCGUGGUAUAACGCUUACCGAUUCUUAGUACAGAAUAUUGAAUGGUUUGAAAAACAGAAUAACCAAAGCUUUGUUUACGACCAGUCAAUGGUAUUGACCUGUGAUAACGUUAUGGAUAAAUGGAUUUCAUCUUUCACUCAAAGUCUCGUCCGUUUUGUUAAGUCUGAAAUGAAAGCAUACCGACUCUAUACAGUAGUUCCUCGACUUAUAAAAUUUGUCGAUAAUUUGACCAAUUGGUACGUUAGGAUGAAUAGGAAACGUAUAAAAGGUGAUUAUGGAAAGGAUGAUACAAAUAAGGCAUUGCAUACACUGUUUAGUGUUUUAAUGACAAUGAUUGAAAUGAUGGCACCUUUUACGCCAUUUUUAACUGAACACAUGUAUCAAAAUUUAAAGAAUUUGAUAUCUGAUAAAUCAGUGGCAGAGAGUGUCCAUUAUUUAUUGCAUUCUCCCGUUCGCGAAGAGAUAAUUGAUGAAAUAGUUGAGAGACAGGUAUCUUGUAUGCAGUCUGUUAUUGAAGUGGGAAGAGUAUUAAGAGACCGAAAGACAUUACCACUGAAGUAUCCCUUACCCGAUGUGGUUAUUGUUAGCAAAGAUGAAACUAUUUUAAAUGAUGUCAAGACUCUCGAACGAUAUAUUUUGGAUGAACUAAAUGUCAGAGAAAUUAUAGUAACGACUGAAAAGGAUAAAUACGGCAUUCAAUUGAAGGCCGAACCAGACAUCAAAGCACUUGGACUUCGGCUAAGAAAUGAGUCAAAAGCUGUUAUCAAAGCUAUUAAAGAAUUAACUGAUAUUCAACUUCAAAGUUAUCAGAAUAAUCCCAACGAAUUUGAAAUAACCGGACAUCAAUUAGUGGCCGGAGAUAUCAGAAUACAGUAUACUUUUGGAGGAGACUUGACUUCCGAGUUGUCAGAUAAAUAUGUGGCUGAAUCUGAUGGUGAUAUUCUGGUAUUACUUAAUGUUAAGCCAGACUCGUGUAUGAUGGAUGAGGGCAUCUCUCGAGAAAUUAUAAAUCGUAUCCAAAAAUUGCGUAAAAAAGCACAACUCGUGCCUUCAGAUGAUGUAACUGUUUAUUAUAAAGUGGAUGAAAGUGGAGAGUUAUAUAGGAUUAUCAAACAAUUCAAUGAAUUUAUUGGCAAUACAUUGAAAGCACCCAUAAAAUCAAUGCCCGUUCCUAACGAUUGGCAUAUUGUUAUUGAAGACAAACAGACCAUCAAAGAUGAGACCAUUGAGUUCAUCAUUGGAUCACAAAAUGAAAAACUGGCGAAUAAUAAAUAAAUUGAGAAAAAUUUGUUUUUAAAAUAUUU